GUUGAACUAUUAAACAAUUCCUUUUUGACAGAAUGGUUUUAGAGAUUUGGUUAAUUUCGGAAAUGUCGAAAGGGAGAACUUGUGAGUUGUAUGGAAUUGGAAAGCAAGAAUAACUCCCCAGAAACUGGACAGACUGCAAAAGUUGAAUCUUCCUCAAGUUCAGUCAAAGGUUCCAACGUUACUGCUACAGAUACUACUGUGAAUAGCGAGGCCUCCACCUCGAGUGUCUAUUCUCAGGUUGGAAAACCUAACCUAUUUAAGACUCCACCAGAAGUGCUUACACAAAAAAAUAAAAAAGACUGGCGUAAGGUUUCCUUGACUAACAAACUUUACGGAGAAAAGACCCGUUCACGCUUCCAACUCGGUAUAGUCCCUGAAAUGCAACAGCGAAAUGAAAGGACGAGUUUAUUGGAAAAGACUACUUUGGGAAAGCGCGUAACGAAUCUGGUUCGUGGUUUCUGGAAAAGAGGAGAGGGCGAUCCUCCUUCAGGAGCCGAGCUAAGGCAAAGCCCUUCAUUUGACGCAUUCCAAUACUCUCGUAACGGAAAGCAAACUUCAGCCACAGAUUAUGGCGACAGCGACUUGAACUCAAAGGACCUUGAUAUGAACCAUGUUGAUAUAGACCAAGGAACAGACAGUGCCACAAUAGAAGAAUAUGAUGAAUUUGAUGUCCGUCAGAGUCCCCCUGGUGAAGAGAAUCCUACACUUGAAGAAGAUUUGAGUCGUUCGGAGCUUGCAAAGCACUUAGUUGGAGACAUUGGGAAUAUGUUGAAGGCCUUUAUUGGAUUGAAUUUUUUAUAUGUCUCCUAUGCAUUUGCCCAUGCAGGUCUUAUUCGUGGUACGAUUGGUUUGAUAGUGAUUGCACUUAUUACAGAGCACUGUUGUUUGUUAUUGGUACAAGUAAAGAAUCAGAUGCCAGAAGCAGAUGAUCCAUCUUUUCGAAUAACGUAUGGAGACUUGGGAAAAUACGUUUUGGGUGGCAUUGGAGAAAAGUUAGUUAAUGGUGCUCUUAUAUUGACCCAGUUCGGGUAUUGUACGGGAUAUCUUAUUUUUUUAGGACAAACCUUGCAUGAUUUGUUUGGUGCCUCCGUCUCACCAUCAGUGUUUGUUUUGAUCCCAUUGCCUAUUCUUAUUCCUUUAUCGAUGCUACGUUCACUGCGCUCAUUGGCACCGUUCUCUUUAGCUGCCAAUUUCUCUCUUUUGAUCGGCUUCAUCGCAGUGAUAAGUUAUAUAGGCAGUCACUUUAGAUGGCAACCAAGUAGUCCCAGUAUAACCCAAUUUCCUAUUUUUUUUGGACAAAUCACUUCAGCGUUAGAAGGAAUCGGUCUUGUUGUCCCUGUAGAACAAAGCAUGAAGAGUCGAAAACAUUUCAAGAUGGUAAUUGAAGUUGCCAUUGGCAUCCUAUCAGGUGUUCUUCUGGUAGUUGGAGCAUUGGGGUUUGUCACUUUUGGAGAGAAUACAAGAUCAAUCAUUGUUCUUAAUAUGGGGAACAGUCCAGUUGUCGGAUUGGUUAAAAUUGUAUUAUGUAUUGGUAUAUUGUUCACCUAUCCUUUGCAAUUAGUUCCCAUUGUUCAAGCAGCUGAAGACUGGUUAGCAGGACGAACAAUUACUAGCUCUCAUGGUGAGCCAUUAGAAGAGUAUCAUGAAGAAGAGGAAGAAGGGGAGUUUUCUAUGGAUGAAGUGAGUUCAGAAUCUGAAGAUCUUGAUUCAGCAACGGAAGAAGCAGUCCCAAAGGAAUUGGACAUUGGAGAUGGAGAAAACUAUUACCAGAGAGACAAUUUAGGGGAUGGCUCUGACUUGAGCGAUGAAACUUCGGAACCCGAAUGGGCGAAUGACGAGGAUUUACAACAUGUAAAACGCCGCAGCUUGUUUGAACGCAACCCAAAGAACGUGAUGGCCAGAUUGACUAUUGUAUUUGGAACUGCUGCAACGGCAGCGUUGGCAGGUUCCAGUUUUGGGCUUUUUCAAGCGCUAGUGGGGUCCUUAGGAGCAGCAUCCUUGGCGUACAUAUUUCCAUCUUUAUUUCACCUCAAACUUUUUCGGACACAACUGACACUGAGUGAAAAAACAAAAAACAUGAUCAUUCUUAUAUUCGGAUUGGUAGGAAUGGUCAUUGGAACUUAUGUGUCCAUCAUGGAAAUGCAAAAGAAUCCGGAGUAUUGAGAGACUUUUCAAGACAUUUUUAUACAUUUGUAAUCGCAUUAGUUUUACUAGUUUGGAACAAAUACUUCUUUAAUGGGUUUGCGAGUUGAAAUGUAAAUUGAACUUCACGAUGCUUUUUAGCUUUUGGUGUCCAAAUUUUCAAAUUAAACAGCCAUAUAUUUUU